UCGUCUCUUCUCGGCUUCAUCUGCUGCUCGUCCUCAGCCAUCCUCUACUCAUCCUCUGUUGAUCCUCUGCUGCUCGUCGGGCCUUUCACUCCCCUCCCUCCAGCAAGAAACAUGGAAAAGGCAACCGGCUUCCUCUCCAAAUUCGAAGAGACUCUCGAGUCGUUCUCAACCCCGCUGAAGCCUUGGCUUCCGGUCAUCGCCCGCUUCCUGCUGGUCGUCACAUUCCUCGAGGACUCGCUGCGCAUCAUCUCGCAGUGGAGCGACCAGCUGUUCUACCUGCAGCGACAUCGCGGCUUUCCCUGGAUCACCGCCGAGGCCUUCCUGGUGCUCAACGUCGCUCUGAUGGUGGUCUCGUCCUUCAUGGCGAUUGCGAAAUUCCAGACCAAGAUCGCCGUCGGCGCCCUGUUCUUUGUCGUCGUCUCCCAAGCCAUCGGCUAUGGCCUGAUCUUUGACAUGAACUUCCUCUUCCGCAACAUCUCCGUCAUCGGCGGCCUGCUGAUGCUCCUGGCCGAUGCCUCUCUCACGAACAGCGGCCGAAAAAAGAACUCGUACGACGGCGCCCUGCUGAACGUGAACGUUGUCCAGCAGGGAGAGUAUAUUCUCCUGGCCGGCCGCGUCCUCCUGGUCUUUUUGUUCCUCAGCUUCAUCUUUGGCGGCGAGCUGACGCCUCUGAGAAUCCUGGUCUCGAUCGUCUCGGGCAUCGGCUGCAUCAUGGUCGUUGUCGGCUUCAAGGCCAAGUGGUCUGCGUGGAUCCUGAUCACCUUCCUGUCCAUCAGCAACUUUUUCCUGAACAACUGGUGGAACCUUCACCACAACCACCCGCAAAAGGACUUCCAAAAAUACGACUUUUUCCAGACCCUGUCUAUCAUGGGUGGUUUCCUUCUCCUCGUCAAUCUUGGCCCCGGUGGACUCUCGAUGGACGAGAAGAAGAAGGACUAUUAAUCGAUCGAUUCGCGUGGCUGUCAGGCAACCUCUCUCUCCCUUCGUUGCCGGCCGGCCCCUGUCGC